AGUCUAAAUAUGCCUCACUUAUGACGGCAAAACAGUUCGGCUGAAGACGUCAUAAUUCAAGGAAUAUAAACUUUCAAUGUUCAAAACAAUCAAGCUGCUGUGUCAUAUUUUAUCAAUUUAACUGGUCUUAUAAACCAAGCAAAAGAUGACUGGAAUAGCGGUAGAUUGGUGUAAACAGACAGAACUCUGAAUAUGAAUGAGAAUGAAAGUUUGUUUCAAACUCUUUAUGACAUUGCACUCGAGUCGAUCUGCAGUCACUGUAUUUCUGCUUCCUCUAAAGUCAGCUGAUUUAAUCGGUGAGGCGGUGACUGACUUGACAUCGAUCUUACCGAGGUCAAAAUAACUUAAAUUAACUUCUAAAAGUUCAGAUAACAGGCCUCUGGCAUCUCAGAGUUGAAAAUUGAAAAGCUUCUAUUAUAGAAAUGGCUUCUUUGCUUUUCUACGGUUCUAAACUGGCAGCAUGUGGACUGGUCCUGAGCAUUUGGGGUGUCAUUAUGCUGGCAAUGCUGGGGAUUUUUUUCACCACACAUUCAGCCGUGCUCAUAGAGGAUGUACCUUUCACAGAGAAAGACUUCAAUUUCCCCCAUGUUGGCAUAGGAUUCUUGUCAUUUUAUCAGGUUCACCUGAACAAGCGUAAGGAAUAUCUGGUGCAUUAGUACCAUCUAGUGAUUGGAGUAUAACUCUACCUCUAAAUUACCUGGUUGUGUUUGUAAUAAUGCUCGAAUGAAUGUAGAUAAUUAAGAAUGUAUUUAACUGGGAUUUUCUUGAUUGCCUUUCUAUCUUUAAGCCUAUCAUAAAAUAUAAGAUGUCCAUUAUUAUUAUUAUUAUUAUUAUUAUUAUGUGGUAAUUCAUUACCUUCCAUAGUUCCAUUUAUCUGUGGUCCUACCAAGCACUGCUGAUAAAUGUUUUAAUUGUGAUUUUAUUUAUACUUAACAUCUAUAGAAUAUACAGACUACAGAAGUACAUGGAAUUUUACAUGGUCACAUUGGUUCUGUUUUCACAAUAAAUGACUGAAAAUAAAACUGCCUGUGCAAUUUGUCAACAUAGGAAUUGA